AUGGAUUCCAAGUCUAGUAAUCAAGAUCUGCGUCCACUGGCAAGCGAACAAUGGUGGGAACUCUAUGACAUGAACACUCAGCGUCACUACUACCACAAUGUUCGCUCCGGUAGAACGGAGUGGCAUCGCCCCUCUUCUGGAGAUGUCAUUCCGCUCUCAAAUUUACAAUUGAUCAAGCAGUUUGCCAAUUCGGGGGGCACCAUGGACAAGGACAUUGGUGUGAUGCACCGAUAUAGGCUCUGCCCCACCGGUGGUGCUCGCAACUCCAUUCACAUGACUCCACAGGAUCACCGCAAGAUGUCCUCACCGGUGAGCGCCACACCGCCCGUAUCCUCGCGUCAUCCCGUUGCUCCAAGUCCCGGCCGGCCCGUCUCGCACCGUCGGCGUAAUUCACAGCCUACGCACUCCGCUCCCGCUGUCACGUGUCACGCGUCGCUACAGCAGCAGUCGUUGACCCGAUGUGCAGCAGCCAGUUCGCUCUCAGUGACAGCAAACCAGCGGGUUACGGAAUGGCUCCGCUCGGCAGGAUCACUACCUGAGGAGGCGGAGGAUGAGGCAACAUAUUUUCAGCAUCAGAAGGCUUUUGCAUCAUCGGUGGCUACACAAACGCCUCAAACACGCUGGAACACUGCCCGUGGUAUCCCGACUACCGUCUUCCAGCCUCAUCCUCCCUUGACAACUCGGCGUACCGUCUCUAACCGGCAAAUGUCUCCAUCCAUCACCACUCCCUACGAUCGUCGCAUAGUUUCCAUGGUUCCAGCACCCCCACCCCCGCCUCCAUUGCACGGUCGCACGUCUGUGGACAGCAAUGCCGCCGUUAUUGCAACACAGGAAAGUGCCUUCGCCAACCUCCUCUAUGACAUGUCCUGCAAUGUAGUGACUCCUCAACACCAACAACAGCAGAAUCUAUCCACGACGGCUGUGAACGCCGAGAUGGCCGCACUGGCGCUCACACCGCGUGCGAUUCCUCGAACGAAUCCGCAUGCAGUGGUGACAGCCGGCACGAUGCCACGUCUGUCCUCCGCCAAGCCACACCUGCCAUCGCUGCAGCCGCCAUUGCCGAUAGCAGUGGUGGGAGCAACGGUGGGGGCACCGACGAAACUGAAGAACGGAACCGGGGCAGUGUCUGUAACGGGGGUGGUCUCUUCCUCGCCUGACACGGAGAUUACUACCAACUCGGCAUCUGCAUCAGCUUCCGCAUCGUAUUCGAGUGAUAGUGAACCGGAGGAGAAGGAGCCUCAGGCGAUGUGUAAGGAGGCGCCGAUGUCAGCUAAUGAUGUGUCAACCUACUCGAAAGAGGAUAUAUUCGAGCAGCAUCCUUUCCGGCCAGCUGCAGACCUUCCAGUGGACGAGUACACCUUCACCGUGCCUAGACAACAGCAACAAUGCCACUCACAAGCCAUAUUUCACAACCAGCACUGCCUACCAGAGACGCACAACAACUGGAGCCUCCUCUCCCACCAACACCAACAGCAGCCGCAUUCGAUGGUGUUGAUGGAUGAUGCGGACCAAGCUCCACCGACACCACCGCCGCGUCUCGCUUCGGCGAUGAAUACCAUGCAACUCAGUAGGGUUCCAAGAACAACGUCUGCAGCUGCAACCACAACGCUGCCCGUGGAUAGUGCGACCUGGCAGAAUCUCGAUAUUCCUCUGGCAUCAGGAUUUCUUCCUCGAAAUCAUCCCUUUCGCCAACCACUGAAACAACCCUCCUACACUAAUCCUGCCUUGAACACUGUCGCCAGUGCAGAAGACGAUACCCCGGAGGAUUCAGGUCUUAUCCAUACCUCUACACGUUCCCUCCUCUCCGCGUCCUCAUCCGCCCACGAAGGUGCAGGAGGGGGUACAACAGGAUCCACCCACUCACCUUUCUCGACCAGUGCUGCCCCCCUCCACCCGCGCCGCUCCGCUUCGGGGGGUUUCAUCGGUCCCGCCGAUUCGGAGGUCGCCUCGCUGUCCUCUUCCUCUGCUACCGCCACCGCUGCCAGGCCGUCUUUCGAUCAGCCGACCAGCGUCGUCAGCACUUCUGCUACCAUCGCAUGCUCGGGAAGUACACAUUUUGCGCUGAUCUCGGGACCCUAUUUGUGGCCCAAAAACCUUCUCAGGCAGGGCCAGGACUGCACUGCGCUUAUGAGUUGGACAAAGGUCGCAUUCUCUAAACGGCUGCUAGCGGCGACAGAUAAGAGUUUACAAAAGCAUAUAUCGGAGAACUUCAAAUUGAUCCAGUCCUUUAUGGGUGACCGCAGCGCAAAGCUAAGCAAACCUGACCUCGCCUCCAUUAUCGUCCAACGUGCUCUCUCCACCCCAGGCGUCCGCGACGAGCUCUACGCUCAGCUGUGUAAACAGACCACCGGCAACUACAACGCUGACAGCCUGAUGCGCGGAUGGGAGCUUAUCUGCAUUUGUCUCUACUUCUUCCCCCCAAACAAAGUCUUCCGUGACCCGCUGCACGCCUACCUUACGACACGGAGUGAAGCUCUUUCAAUUGCCCUCGCUCCGCCUCCACUUUCCUCCUCCAUUAGCUCCACUGCAGCCAACGCCACGAACGACACUCCAGCUCUCCGCCCUGGACCUAGCUUGGCGGCAGCGGCGGCUCUGGCUGCUGGUAGCGACCCCACCGGUCUCAUCGCCGCUCCCGUCACCCCAGCCUUCGGUGUGCCGCUUGCUGACACCGGCGGCGGUGGUGGUGAAAAUAUCUGCGAGACGAGCGCUGAUCCCGCGCUCUCCAGUGAAUUUCCUUACGGGCCGUGGGUGAAGCUGUCGGCACUUCACUUUACUCGUGCUGCACCGAGAUGGUUCAUGCGUUCGGUGGCGUUGGGAGCAGUGCGGUCAUCAAUACCACCCUCGAAGGAGGAAUUACUUCAUGUUAAGGACUUCCUUCUCAAACCAGGCAUUUUUGGAAGCAGUUUGGAGGAGAUGAUGAAGAUCCAAUCCUGCCGCUUUCCCUCACUCCGUCUACCUUGGAUCCAGAUCUUUCUCACUGAGGAGCUUCUGCGUCUCAAUGGUGCCAAAGCUGAGGGUAUCUUUCGUGUGUCUGCCGACCAAGACGUGUUGACUUCCGUUCGGUUCCAGCUUGAGAAGCUAUUCGAGGUUUUCCGCGUGCUUGAAGUGGCUUCCCGUGACCCCAUUUCCACCUUCACCAUCGUCCGUCCCCCACCAAGAGGCUGGAGCCACUCUCAACAGGUCUUCUCCCCAGAACCGGCUUCUACUACCCUCUCUGCACCCACUCCUACUACCCCCACCCACAAUGCCCUCCUUCACUGCCCCGCUCUCACUGGUCCUUUCUCCCUCCCCCUCAAACCCUCUCCCAUUCCUUCUCGCCCCGCCGAGUACAUGCUCCUUACGCCUCGCUCCCUUUGGCCUGGCGAUCUGACUGGCUUCAGAGAGGCGGCCGGUGGUAGCACUGCCGUAGGCUGUGGAGGUAGCGAGAAGGGCUCUUUCCUCGACCCACAUCUCGCUGCGGCUCUUCUUAAACUUUGGCUGCGUGAGAUGGCAACCCCGCUGGUCCCGCCCGCACUGACUGUAGAGGUCUUUGCUGCGGCAGUCGAGGCAGAGUCCUUUGAGAAGUCGGUGGGAGCAGCAGUGCCAGGUGCGGAACCGAUUGAGAAGUGCUGCGCCAUGGUGCGACGUCUGCCAGGAAUCAAUCGCAGGGUGCUACUUUAUCUCAUCAAGCUGUGCCAGCACCUGGUACGCCCGGAGAAUGCGUGCACCUCCCUGAUGGACGCGCGCAAUUUGGCCACCGUGAUCGCACCCAAUCUCUUCCGCUCGGCCUCCAACAAUCCUAGCGAGCUGCUCAAUUCGGUGCAGUCACAGACUGCCUUCACGCGCCUCCUCAUUUGCCACCUUAAUGUGGAUGCUGAAGCCGCUCUGCUGAAUGCUUCGGCAGUGGAGGCGGACUACGAGGUGGAGACAGUGGUGGAGGAUAAAUGGGAAUUUAAGGGAGCUGACAAAAUCGGCGAUUAUAAGGUGACCAAAAAGUUCCUACGGCUGUCCACACAGCUGGCUGCAAUGAUCUGCACCUGGUCGAGACUUGAGAAUCCAAACAAUCAUUUAUGCCUGCGUAUUUUACGCCAUGAACUUACGUUUGUCCAUCGAGCACGGGACUCAACAUUGUACGCUCUACCCUAUUCCUCCCCAUUUAAGCCCAACCUCAUACCAAAAGGUGCUGAUUGA